CGCCCGCGCCCGCGCCCGGCCCGCGCGGCCCCAUGCCUCUGGCGCGGCCCUCGGGGGGCGAAGGUGAAGACCGGCUCCUAGGAUGAGUGAAGGCGCGGCCGCUGCCUCGCCACCUGGUGCCGCUUCGGCAGCCGCCGCCUCAGCCGAGGAGGGCACCGCAGCAGCGGCAGCAGCAGCGGCGGCGGCGGCGGCAGCGGCGGGCGGGGGCCCGGACGGCGGCGGCGGCGGCGAAGGGGCGGCCGAGCCCCCCCGGGAGUUACGCUGUAGCGACUGCAUCGUGUGGAACCGGCAGCAGACGUGGCUGUGUGUGGUGCCUCUGUUCAUCGGCUUCAUCGGCCUGGGGCUCAGCCUCAUGCUCCUCAAAUGGAUCGUGGUGGGCUCCGUCCAGGAGUACGUGCCCACAGACCUGGUGGACUCCAAGGGGAUGGGCCAGGACCCCUUCUUCCUCUCCAAGCCCAGCUCUUUUCCCAAGGCUAUGGAGACCACCACAGCCACCACGGCCACCACGUCCCCCGCCACCCCCUCCGCCUCCUCCAGGACGCCCAACCGGAUUAGCACGCGCCUGACCACCGUCACGCGGGCACCCACUCGCUUCCCGGGACACCGCGUGCCUAUCCGGGCCAGCCCGCGCUCCACCACGGCACGGAACACCGCGGGCCCCCCGACGGCCCUGUCCACCACGGCCCCUUUCUUCAGUAGCAGCGCGCCUGGCUCCCGACCGCCGGGGCCUGGCGUCCCCAGUACCCAGGCUAUGCCCUCCUGGCCCACUGCGGCAUAUGCUACCUCCUCCUACCUUCACGACUCCACUCCCGCCUGGACUCUGUCUCCGUUUCAGGAUGCUGUAUCCUCCUCCUCCUCCUCUUCCUCUUCUACCACCAUCACCGCCGCCACCACCACCACCACCGCACCAGAAACUACCACCAGCCCCAAAUUUCGUGGUGGGGUGUACAUCUCGUCCCGUGUUCCCUCUGUGUCUGAAAGAAACCUGAGGCGGGCUGGGUCAGAGCCCUCGGAGGUGGGAGCUGGCCUGCCCUACUGUGGAGAGAACAUGUCAGCCUGCGCUCAGUCAGUGGGUGCAAGUCCCUGA